AUACUCAAGGCAAUUCGCGACUUCGUCUACACUCUCUGGCUCUUCACAUAUUCGGAUCUGAAGACCGUAUUCUUCCCUACUCUCAUUUUCGGCACCACUGCCGCCCCCAUUUACACUACUUCACAGAUCCUGCCUAGAGCCGCCUGGAUAUGGCUGCACUUGCUGCAGUUCUGCCUCUCUAAUCAAUGUCUAUCGCCCGAGGAGGACGCUGCGAACAAGCCUUGGAGGCCCAUCGCUGCCAGACGUAUCACUACGGAGAACGCGCAGAUAUUGCGUUGGGCCAUGCUCCCGGUCUGCCUCUUCGUGUCGGCGCACUACGGGGUUCUAUUGCCCAGCAUCACGCUCGCGAUCGCCACCCUCGCCCACAACGAGCUCAGGUUGGACUCGGGGUGGCUGGCGAGGAACGUCUGCAACGCCGUCGGAUACGCGUCCUUCAACGCGGGGGCAACGUACGCCGCAUGUGCGGGCGGCUGCGACUGGAAGGCGACGUCGGUGGCUGCGCAGGUCUUGAACGCGCUUGUGAUCCUCACGACGAUCCAAGCGCAAGAUUUCCAGGACAUCGAGGGCGAUCAGCUCUCGGGAAGAUGGACACUCCCG